UCCAUAUAUUGUAUGAAUCUCCUUUAUAUAUUGAAAUGAAAGGUGUUUGUAGAAUCCCCACUCUUUUUCUCUUUCUCUCUCUUUCUUUUACCUAUGUGAGCCAUGUUCAGGCUUUUAUGCUACAGGUGCAUUCAGGUAGUUAAAGUCAAGCUUUGAGCCUACCUUGCUACAGUUACAAUGAAUAAGUUACAAUGAAUACACAUGAAGUUAAUAAUAAUUAUUACAUGUAUUAAUAGUAAUAAUCAUAUGUAUUAUAAUGUUGGAGAUACAAAGAAGUAUGAUAUUGUAUAAUAUUUUUUAAUACUCCAACAGAGUUCCAAAAUUGUAAAAUUUGCAUUUGUUACAAUAAUUUUUAAUAAAUCAUGAGCGAAAUAGAAAACAAGAGCGUUCCAUUAAAAUCAAAAUGUAAACAUUCUAAUCAAUCGUACUCUACGGAUGCUUGCAACGAAGAUGAUCACGAUUGGUGGGCAAGUGAUAGCGGUUCCAGCACCGGAUCGUAUUAUUCGGAUACCGACAGUUCUGCGGUUGAAUGGGAAUCAGAAAUUGGACCCAAUGGAGAAGUAUUUUACAUAGAAUCCAUAGAGGAGAGUUUGUUCGAGUCUGAUCAUGCAACUUUGGAUGAUAAGAAUGACAGUCCUCAACCUGAGUUGACACGUCGUCGUAGUACGAGAGCUGGUAAACUAUUUCGUCUGAUUAGACGUAAGGAGAGUAAGAGAUGGAGCACAAGAAAUAAGAGGAUUAACAAUAGCACUGCGUCAACUAACACAGUAGAACAAGAAAAAGGAGAUGGCAGUGGAAGCAAGGAAGUCACAUUUCGAGAUUUCCAGGCAGGAGAAAUUCGCAAAGUUACAUUGUGGAUUGAUCCUGAAAGAAGACAUAAGUUGGGAAGAAGAGCAACCUUAUGCGAAGCUUACUUUGGUAUCAUACCAAAGGCAUUUUCGGAUAAAGUGAGAGUUAUGGUAGCAGGAUUUAUACCUGAUGGUGAAGCUAUGAAGAAUAAAAAUAUUAAAAUUGGGGAUUGGUUACGCAGAAUUAAUUCAAACGAUAUUACUUUUCAAAAUCUAGAUCAGAUAUUAUCUGAAAUCAUCACACCAUCAAAUGUAAUAUUAGAACUGCAAAGAGUAGCUGGUGUUGAUGUUGCUGGGAAACUAUCAAGAAUAAAUGAGCCAAAGCAAUCGAUAUUAGCCCAAUAUCUAGUAAAUAGAGAAAAUAAUAAUUCCUUGAUGGAAUCGUUGUUGGAUUAUCCAUUGGGCGUAAUAUAUUUAAAAACUACAGAUCUCUCGGAAGUUGGACAAGAAUUGCAAGGUGUAUUGUACACAUUUCCACGAUCCGAAAUUAAAAAUGUAAAUUCUUCUUUAUGUACUGCAAGGGGAGCUUUUAUAACUCUUAAUCAUUUAUUACCCAGUAUAGUGAAUCUACAACCUGUCAGCACGACUAUCCGCAUCGGUGAAAAAGAAACACAUGUUGUAUACACAUCUCGCGAUGAUGAAUUGCUUUUAAUAACUUUGCCCGAUGAAUGUUGUACUUCUCAAGAAGCUGUCAAAAUUAUGGAGGAUAUUGUCAGAACAUUAGAAUUUACUUAUCAAUCAUUGACAAAGUGUUUUACUCCUAUGGAAAAUCACUCCUCCUUGGAUCAUUUCUUCAUUCUAUUUAUACACAGAUUAAUAAAUAUCAAAGAUUCUUUCAAAGAUACCGACGCAAAAAAAAAUUUAUUAAAAUCGGAAAACAGUACAGAAAAUAUUGAAAAUUUUAAAUUCAGAAGCGCCUUCUCGGUUGCAAGUUUUAUACAGCUACCGAGAGAUGCGCAGAUUCAAAUAGAUGCAGCAUUAAGUGAAAUGGAAGCUAUGGAUUAUAGAGAUUGGAACGAAGAUCCUAUGGAUUGUCAGAGAUUAUAUACUAUAUUAGGGAGUUGCAUUUAUCAUAAAUGCUAUCUUUUGGGAUCUCAUUUAUCUCAUGAAGACAUGAUCGAUGUGCAUUCAUUUCUGAGACACAAUGGUUUAUUGAAUCUAGUGAAUCAGGAACAAGUGAAAUGUCUCGUUUUAUGGAAGCAGAUUUAUCCUUCGUCUUGCAAUCGUGGGAUCAUUGAUGGUGGCAGUAGCGAUCAAUUUUUAAUACCUAAUGGAAAAUGGUUUUUAUUGGUUGUCGGAUACGGACAUGAUUUAUUAGCAGUCCUGUUGGAAUCCGGAGGAUGUACUGCAAGGUACAAUGACGCAAUAGGCCCGGAUGUAUUUUAUGUAGAAGAAGCUCAAGAAACGCUAAAGCAUAUACAAAAAAUAGGAGUCACAAUCUUGGCCUCAAAAUGGAUUACAUCUAAUGCCAGACCGGAAGUAAUACCAUAUGAGGAACACACGAUGACAAAAGCGUCGUCUAGUAUAACGGAGAAUCUACUUGGUUUGAUAAAAUCAUCCGACACGCAAAUUAUACCGCCUAAGCAAAAUGUCAAUCUUACUAUUAAUAAAAAACCACAAGAACUGCCUUCUAUUUUGAAAAAACGUAGUCCUGAAGAAAGUCCUAUGAUCUCAGGUUCUGUGUAUUCUUUACACACUUCUGAGGAUUCACUCAGUCAAGGAACAGGUGGAGUUAGUGAAAUGAGUGACGAGGCAAUGCCUAUACUUGGAAGACGAGCAACUAGAGAAAAGAUCAAUUCGGCCUCGAGAUAUUCCGAUGAUAGCGAUUCGGAUAUUGACAUAUAUAAGAAUGAUAGUCACGUACUCACAAUGGAUAUAUCCAACAUACGAGAGAAUUUAUUAAAUCAAGUAGAAUAUUUGAUACCGAAAAAGUUAACUGCUGGUGAUAAGAAUUAUCUAUAUCACUAUGUUCACUUAGACACAGUAGAAGGGAUUCUAUUAUCAUCGAUACCAAUUCAAAGUAUAUCAAAAGACAAUAGGAUUCUUGUCAACUUCAAUAAAUGUGUACAAGUUAUUCACAGAUUGUUACAUAAUACAGUGAGAUUUAAAAUGUUGAAUCAAGAUAUAGAAAAAACUGCUAUCAACAGAAGUUUAAUUGCCGUAAAAGAGCAUGGUGUACUAUUUGAAUGGGAAAAUGCAACAUUUUGGGUAAUUGGACGCCUCUAUAUGAGUCCCCAUCCAAAGGAAUUGUAUGUGUGCCAUCAAGACUCUGCGCCGCAAAAUUUGAUCGAAAUAGCUUUCCAAUUACAUUCAUAAUAUUUAUAUUUUAUACAUUACAUAUUGGUAUUUAAU